GUGGGUGGGAGCGCGCUCUCUCGCGAGAGUGGGUUUGUUCUGAGGCUGCAGCCGCCUCCACCACUUUUUUUUUGCCAACGCCGUUGCUGCGGGGGAUUGUGGGAGGCUCCGCGUCCCGCUGACUGGGAGAGAGGUAUCUCUCCUUUUCCCUCUCCCUUUGCCUGAGAGUUGUCUGCUGGUUCUCAGCUUGAAGAAGAUUCUGCAGUCCUUAUUGAUCCUUUUUCUUGGCGUUACCAUUUUUUGAAGCAAAGUUAACCUAGCUUUCUAGCUUGAGCUUUCUUUUUGGCCAUCUUAAAUUUUUAAAAAAAAAAUCUAUAAAAAUAGACAAGAGUUCUACAAUGUCCAAGUCAUUCCAACAGUCAUCUCUCGGUAGGGACUCACAGGGUCAUGGGCGUGACCUGUCUGCAGCAGGAAUAGGCCUUCUGGCUGCUGCUACCCAGUCUUUAAGUAUGCCAGCAUCUCUUGGAAGGAUGAACCAGGGUACUGCACGCCUUGCUAGUUUAAUGAAUCUUGGAAUGAGUUCUUCAUUGAAUCAACAAGGAGCUCAUAGUGCACUGUCUUCUGCUAGUACUUCUUCCCAUAAUUUGCAGUCUAUAUUUAACAUUGGAAGUAGAGGUCCACUCCCUUUGUCUUCUCAACACCGUGGAGAUGCAGACCAGGCCAGUAACAUUUUGGCCAGCUUUGGUCUGUCUGCUAGAGACUUAGAUGAACUGAGUCGUUAUCCGGAGGACAAGAUUACUCCUGAAAAUUUGCCCCAAAUCCUUCUACAGCUUAAAAGGAGGAGAACUGAAGAAGGCCCUACAUUGAGUUAUGGUAGAGAUGGCAGAUCUGCUACACGGGAGCCACCAUACAGAGUACCUAGGGAUGAUUGGGAAGAAAAAAGACACUUUAGAAGAGAUAGUUUUGAUGAUCGUGGUCCUAGUCUCAACCCAGUGCUUGAUUAUGACCAUGGAAGUCGUUCUCAAGAAUCUGGUUAUUAUGACAGAAUGGAUUAUGAAGAUGACAGAUUAAGAGAUGGAGAAAGGUGUAGGGAUGAUUCUUUUUUUGGUGAGACCUCGCAUAACUAUCAUAAAUUUGACAGUGAGUAUGAGAGAAUGGGACGUGGUCCUGGUCCCUUACAAGAGAGAUCUCUCUUUGAGAAAAAGAGGGGCGCUCCUCCAAGUAGCAAUAUUGAAGACUUCCAUGGACUCUUACCGAAGGGUUAUCCCCAUCUGUGCUCUAUAUGUGAUUUGCCAGUUCAUUCUAAUAAGGAGUGGAGUCAACAUAUCAAUGGAGCAAGUCACAGUCGUCGGUGCCAGCUUCUUCUUGAAAUCUAUCCAGAAUGGAAUCCUGACAAUGAUACAGGACACACAAUGGGUGAUCCAUUCAUGUUGCAGCAAUCUACAAAUCCAGCACCAGGAAUUCUGGGACCCCCACCUCCCUCAUUCCAUCUUGGAGGACCAGCAGUUGGACCAAGAGGAAAUCUGGGUGCUGGAAAUGGGAAUCUGCAAGGACCAAGACACAUGCAGAAAGGCAGAGUGGAAACAAGCCGAGUUGUUCACAUCAUGGAUUUUCAGCGAGGGAAAAACUUGAGAUAUCAGCUGUUACAGCUUGUGGAACCAUUUGGGGUCAUUUCAAAUCAUCUGAUUCUAAAUAAAAUUAAUGAGGCAUUUAUUGAAAUGGCAACCACAGAAGAUGCUCAGGCUGCAGUGGAUUAUUAUACAACCACACCAGCGUUAGUAUUCGGCAAACCAGUGAGAGUUCAUUUGUCCCAAAAGUAUAAAAGAAUAAAGAAACCUGAAGGGAAGCCAGAUCAGAAAUUUGACCAAAAGCAGGAGCUUGGACGUGUGAUACAUCUCAGCAAUUUGCCUCAUUCUGGCUAUUCUGAUAGUGCUGUCCUCAAGCUUGCUGAACCUUACGGGAAAAUAAAGAAUUACAUACUGAUGAGGAUGAAGAGUCAGGCAUUUAUAGAAAUGGAGACGAGAGAAGAUGCAAUGGCAAUGGUUGACCAUUGUUUGAAAAAGGCCCUUUGGUUUCAAGGGAGGUGUGUGAAGGUUGACCUUUCUGAGAAAUAUAAAAAACUGGUACUAAGGAUUCCCAACAGAGGUAUUGACUUACUGAAAAAGGAUAAAUCCCGAAAAAGAUCUUAUUCUCCAGAUGGCAAAGAAUCUCCAAGUGAUAAAAAAUCCAAAACUGAUGGCUCCCAGAAGACCGAAAGCACAGCCGAAGGUAAAGAACAAGAAGAGAAGUCAGGUGAAGAUGGUGAGAAAGAAACAAAGGAGGACCAGACAGAACAAGAACCUAAUAUGCUUCUUGAAUCUGAAGAUGAACUACUUGUGGAUGAAGAAGAAGCAGCAGCACUGCUAGAAAGUGGCAGUUCAGUAGGAGAUGAGACUGAUCUUGCUAACUUAGGUGAUGUGACUAAUGAUGGGAAAAAGGAAGCAUCAGAUAAAGCUGUGAAAAAAGAUGGAAGUGCUUCAACUGCAGCAAAGAAGAAGCUUAAAAAGGUGGACAAGAUUGAGGAACUCGAGCAAGAAAAUGAAGCAGCAUUGGAAAAUGGAGUUAAAAAUGAGGAAAAUACAGAACCAGGUGCUGAAUCUACAGAGAAUACUGACGAUCCAGGCAAAGACACCAGUGAAAAUGCAGAUGGCCAAAAUGAUGAAAACAAGGAGGACUAUACUAUCCCAGAUGAGUAUAGAAUUGGACCGUAUCAGCCCAAUGUUCCUGUUGGUAUAGACUAUGUGAUACCAAAAACAGGGUUUUACUGUAAGCUGUGUUCACUAUUUUAUACAAAUGAAGAAGUUGCAAAGAACACGCACUGCAGCAGCCUUCCUCAUUAUCAGAAAUUAAAGAAGUUUCUGAAUAAAUUGGCAGAAGAACGCCGGCAGAAGAAGGAAGCUUAAGAUGUUCAAGAAACUUAAUGAGUUCGAAGGAAAAAAAUGGUUCUUUGUUUUUAUUGUUAACCUUUUUUAAAUACAAUACUGAUAGUUAGGAGAAAGUAUUGUACUCUUUUGUUUUAGUGGAAAAAUAAUAGAUGUCUGUUCAUGUGUUAAGUGUUAUAGCAAGAGAUACAUACACGGUUAAGUUAAUGAAAAGUAGUUUUUCUUUUAUCAGAAUAACAGACAUAAAAUGACUUUGUAGAGAUUGACUUGUAAGCUACUUAAGACAACUUGCACCACUAAGAAAAAGAUAACAUAGAACCAUUCGGGAAAAUGAAAUUAAGUAGUUCUAAGCUUCAAAAUGUCAACUUUUGAUUCCGUUCAAUAAAGAACAAAACCAAGUGGGGGUUUUUUGUUUGUUUGUUUGUUUGUUUUUGUUUUUGUUGUUGUUGUUACUUUCAUCUGAAACAUUCCACAUUUUAAUCUGAGCCUUGCAGACUAUUCAUUUGGAAUUGAAGCUUUGUUGGUUGAGUUUGUUUGAACGUCUUCAUAUGUAAGAUUGGCAUUUCAGAUACGGGUGCAGUUUUCUUUGUCAUUGCUGUUGUUUAGGUGAUAAGAAAUAUUAAGUAAUUGACUUUAGAUUUUGUAACUUUUUCCCUUGAGUUCCUGCUAGAUUUCGUAUUCUAGUAGUUAAUGUAUUUUCAGUGAAAUGUAAAAAUGUUCCCGUUCUCUUUGACCAGUAUUAAUUUCUUGAGAUCUUACUGCUUGUCACUUGAAUCCUGUAGUUGUCGUAUAUCUCUGGUAUAAGCAACAUUUGAUUUGUUGAAGUGUGUAGACCAUCUCUUCAUAUUUUCAAGAUGUGAUUUUACAUUCCUGCAGCAUUUUAAGACCAGUUUGGCCAUAAUUCUAGACGCACGCUUCUAAUUCAUGGACCUGCACAUGUGACCUUUGUGAACAGAAGUUUGCAUGUAUAAUCUGUGUUUCCUUGUAACUUCCUGGUAUAUACUGCUUAUAUCUGUGGAUUCAAGUUGCUAAAGUGAAUACCAAUAAAAAAAACCUAGGCCAUGUUCAUUGGUUAUACAUGUUUGGAAUGUUAACCAAUAUAUUUGUCAGUUGUGCUUUUUAUUCGCUGUUAAGAUUUUGUGCAUGCUUUAACAAAGUAUUUUUUAAUCUACAGUAAGUGUUAUAAAGACUGCUACUAAAGGUCUGGAUUUUAAACUUUU